GGAGUCCUGACGCAGUGCACACGCUCCCUAGUCCCUCCUGCCACGGCAAGCUAGCCAGGGAUAGCCUCACGUCCUCCGGAGUGUCCCUAGCCAGUGACCAAACCUUCCCCCCCCCCCGCACUUAUCCUUUCACGCAAUCAGGACUCCGCAGCCCCUGACGGAAUACCGCAGCGGGCCGAGUCAGUGUUGUAUGGCGGUGUAUUAACGUGAUGUGAUCAGUGUUUUGUGUUCGCUCCAAUACCUCUUCCACAGGGAGAUAAGACUCGCUGUGUCUCACACACACACACACACACGCACGCACACGCACACGCACACGCACACGCACACGCACACGCACACGCACACGCACACACGCACACGCAUACGCACACGCACACGCGCACACACACCUUCAGAGGGGCGGUGUUACGACACCUUCGCUGGGAUCUUAUUGUUGGCGGCUCUACAACGGCGCUCACAAGGAUGAGUACGACGCGAUGCCUGGUGAGGGUGGCCCUAGCCUGUGUCACCUGCCUGGCGGCUCACGUGCAUCCUACCUCACAGAUCCACAACUCUAUGACUGCUGAAGACUUACGUAGAGUCUUUCAUGUCGACUCUUCUGAUCAAGCUCCGGCGUAUGACGUAGUGCGGUUACGGUCGCGGUUGAGGCGGAGUGCGGAGGGGGAGGCGGUGCGGACAGUGUACCUGCAGGCCCUGGGGUCGAGGCGGGUGCUGAAGCUGCGUCCCAACCUCCACCUGGCCGCCAGCGUCCCGCUCUUCUACGCCGACCACGAUGACCAGGGCGGAGUUACUGUCACCCCGUCACACUAUGACGGAGCGGAGGAGGCGGCGGAGGCGGGCGUCCCUCAUCACGACGUGGACUCCCUGGCCGCCCUCAUAGUCUCUCACCACCCACUCACAGGAGCCCUCACUCUGGACGGCACCGUUGGGGAGGACCUGGUGGUGCGUCCUGUGCCCGCGCACCUGUACCCGCUGGCCGCGCAGGCGCACGAGGACGAGGUCAACCCCAAUCACCUGCCCCCCGACGACGAGUUCUUCCUUGAGGACCUCGAUGACCAGAUGGUCUUCAGCGACGGCCUUCCUCUAGCCGCUGGCGACGACGACACUGCCUCAGUCCUCGACCUGGAACGACCAGACGACAUUAGCGGAGUGAACGGGAGCCUGCCCGAGGGCCUGGCACUGUUGAGACGCCGCCGCCGCCACACCGAGUCCGAGGGCCUCCACAUCGUCUACAAGAGGACGUCCCCGGCCAUCGACACUGACUACGCACUGAUGGAGCUCCAGCACACCUCAGCCAGCAGCGACCACCCUCGCCCCAGACGCAAGAGAAGCGCCCCAUAUAUAAUCUACCCUGAGAUACUCGUCCUGGUCGACUAUGAUGGAUACCUGCUACAUGGGCAGGACAACAGUCAGAUAAAGAGUUACUACGUCUCAUUUUGGAACGGCGUCGACCUGCGUUACAAGCUGCUAAAGGGACCUCGGGUCAAGAUCUCCAUCGCUGGCAUCAUUAUCUCCAGGAGCCGGGACGCUAUGCCAUACCUGGAGAAGAAUCGUGUGGGUCGUGACGCCAUAGACUCCGCCAGCGCCCUCACAGACAUGGGCAAGUACCUGUACCAGGAGCGACGGUUACCCACCUACGAUAUCGCCGUCGCUAUCACCAAAUUAGACAUGUGUAGACGCGCAUUCACAGGGGGGGUUUGCAACAGGGGGACAGCAGGGUUCGCGUAUGUCGGCGGCGCGUGUGUGGUGAACAAGCGACUCCAGAAGGUGAACUCUGUAGCCAUAGUGGAGGACACGGGCGGCUUCUCCGGCAUCAUUGUCGCCGCUCACGAAGUUGGCCACCUGCUGGGUGCUGUCCACGACGGGUCGCCGCCCCCCUCGUACCUGGGGGGUCCCGGGGCCCGCAGGUGCAGGUGGGAGGACGGUUUCAUCAUGAGUGACCUGAGACACACCGAGAAGGGCUUCAGAUGGUCCCCGUGCUCAGUCGAGCAGUUCCACCACUUCCUCAACGGGGACACGGCCACCUGCCUCUACAACCUGCCCCACGAGGACGAGUCCCUCCCCAGGGUGCUGCCAGGCAAGCUGCUCUCUCUUGACGCCCAGUGUAAGAAGGACCGCGGAACUUCUGCCUGUUUCAAAGACGACAGAGUGUGUGCCCAGCUCUUCUGCUUCGACUCUUCAAGCGGGUACUGCGUGUCGUACCGCCCCGCGGCCGAGGGCUCCGACUGUGGCAGCGGCAAGAUCUGCAGCAACGGCCGCUGUAUAUUUGAUAAUGGCAACUCCAUCUCUGACUUCGACAUCAACCGGUCCGGCGAACACUUCAUCUUCCAGUCAACUCAAGUGAAGCCUGUGUACACAGACCCGCCCUCCUCCACCACCCCGGAGCCCUCCCCCACCACCACCAGAUCCAGCUGGUGGAACAGGUGGGACCGGAACACGUGGGACCAAGGCACUAAGCCCACCACCACCACCACCACCACCACCACCACCACCACCACCUCCUUCACCACCAGAACCUCUCCCAACACCCCCUCCUUAGUCACCAGAACCUCAACAACCACCACGCCAUCACCACCAAAGGAUUUAAAGAAGAAUAUUAAAGAUCCGGUAAAGGCAACAGCAGAUGGGGAAUGUGAGGACCGCAUCGCCAACAUCGCGGGAAGCCUCACGUGCCAAGAGUUUCUACGUUCCUAUGGGUUCCGCUACUGUGGUCACCGGUACAUCCAGAAGAACUGCUGUCGCUCUCAGCAGGAGAUGUGUCAAGGCCACUAGUGGCAGUGUGGUGGCUCCCUGGCUGCCGACAAUACCAGACAAAAGCUUCAGUAUUGUGGCCCCGGACACACUGUGACCCGGAGCCACAGAACUCUCCAGUUCGUGUGCCUUGCACACCAGAUACUAUACAUACCUGUACCUUGUGUUAGGUAAUAUCCCAGGAGGUCCUCCAUUUUUUGUUUACUUUACCUGCCCGGGGGCCUCAUACCACGCUAAGAAUGUCUCCACACCUCGGAGACUGUUCAAACAAGAAGAAACAUUCUUCAACAAUCAGGUGUUCCUAAUUUAGAAUGCAUCAUUACCGACAGCUACACAUGUCCAGUGCUUCUCCCUCGUCCUUAACCCACUUAAACCCAUCCAUGGCGGUAGCCUGGAGGGUCACCUGAGCGGCGGCACCAGGCCCUCCGAGCUGCGGCGGCGGCUUGCUGGCAAGGCGACGGCGCGGGGUGGUGUCCCUACUGGGUCUGGUGCUGCCGCAGGGCUACGACAUCACAACCCACAUCCACGACUGCAGGGUGUCACCAGCCACGAUCACCCUGCAUAACUCCCUCAUACUUCACCACGUAACACCCAACAUAUACACACGAGCCAACCACCUAUCACACUACCCACUGUACAUAUCACCACUUACUACCCAACAUACACUUGUUUGAGUUCGCCUCGCAGCAUCACGCACCACUUACCAUACACCAAGAGCCACACAACACUGCUCCAAACAAUAGAGCAGACAUGAACGACGCACAGCAGACAAGCAGCGCCAGGUGCAGCUUCCACUCAGUGCCUGCCAUCACUAACGUGUGUGUGGUGAUGCAACUCAACACGUCUUAAGUUACUCGAAAGCCUCGGUAAUUUCGAAUUAUUAUUUAUUUAUGGUGUACUUACAGAAACAAAUAUCAAGAUCGUACCGAACUGAAACUGUUGCACUUUAUUUAUUAAGAAACCAUGAAUAUUGCAAUCUAAAUACUGUACUGUAGAUGGCCUUUAUAUUACCAUUAGUUGUGGACAGGGUUAAUGUUGUGUGUCGCCCAAUCAACCAAUCCCACGUGUGUACUCGAGGUCACGAUUGGCCACUCAGCCCAGUCUUUCCUAAGGUGUUCGCCUGUGCGGAUGCCCUUCUUCUAAACAUUAACUGUUCAGAAGAAUGUGUGCAAUGUAUAUAGUUGUUGAUUUUUAUACAUAAAUUUCAGUUUUGAUGUAUCAUAAUUUUUAUAUCACUGAAUCUCACUCAUCAGUUGUGGUAGUUCCCGGUUCAAUUUCUCCUAGAACAAAUAUUUCCUUUACUAAUUGAAGAACUAUCUCUUUAUUUCUCAUAAAUUAUAAAAGAACAAUGUGACUUUAUUGUACAUAAUUACCCUAGAAGUGUAAUAUUUAUAUGUAAGAGUGAUGAACGGAUGUGUGUGCCGUCGACCAUGAUGGUCAGCGAGUAGUGAGAAGCUCCUCACGUGUCCUCAGCACCACAUUGCUGUGUGUACAGGCUAUGUUUAACACAAGCCUAUUUCAUAUUUCUACACUAUUUUCUUUAAAUUGUUUCGGGAAAUUUAAGAACCGUGUCCUUAAGUAUUUGAAGCUCCCAAUUCAUACCUUCAUCACCGAGACCGCAUUUUUGCAGCGAAGCAAAACUGUUGUUCUCUUGCAUGUGCAUUCUGGUCUGUGGUUGCAACAGUAUUAUGAUAGGUGGAAUGUCAUGAUGAUGAUGAUGGAGACAGUCACUCAUUACUUAACUUAGUUUAAAGUUUGAAAAUAUUCCUUUGAAACUAAACCUUCACAACUCUCUUUGCCAAAAGUUACGAAGUUCUGCAGGACAAGUGUUCUGGUUCUCUAAGACUCCCAGCAGCAGCGCGCUUCUCACCUAUGUUAAUAUGUUUCAAGGUUUUCCGAUAAUUAAAAAGUGAAUAAUUUGUAGAUUUUGUCAAAAAGUAGUGAUGGAUUGAUCGUGUGUCUGUUAGCACGUAUGGCAGAAGAGGCCUUCAGCGGAUAAUCAAGCUCCCACUUUUAGAACUAAGAACUUUGAAGAUUUUCUUGCUAUCAAUACAUUUAAAUUAAACAUUAAACUACCUUUUAAGUGUUAGCAUUGUUAUUAUUAUUUAUUCCGUAAAUAGUGUAGCUUCAUGGUAAGAAUUUGUAAUCACUGCUCUUAUUUUAACUGAGAAAGUUACUGCUUUAUAAAGCGUGUAAAGUUUGCCAGUUGGGUGCUCAGCAUUCUGUGAUGCAACAUUCAUCCACGCGCAUGUGAAAUGGAACAAAAUCUAAAUAAGCAUUCGUCUAAUUAAAUUAUCUCGCCAAAAGAAUUGCAUUUCAUUAUUACUGAAGAGUACGAUUGCCGCUGCCAGACUUCUCAUAAAACUGGGGGACUUGAUGACAACAGUAGUGUGGAACACAACGCCACAGCCAAUAUAGCAGUCGUCAGCAUUUAGAACACAACAUUGCAAAUCCAAUACUUUUUAAGCAUUUUAAAUGUUAAAUGAUUUAUUGGCAGUUGAUAUCAAAUUAAUUAUAACAAUAAAUUAUACCUCAUUAAGCGAAAAAGUACGUAUAUUUCAUAAUUAAAAGUCAAGCUGUUAUAAAUAAUUUAAAAUGUAGAAUAAAAUAUAUAAUGAAUGUCAUACAUUUGGUCUGUUAAAUUCAUCAUCCCUCUGAACUAUAAUGUUUAUGGUACUGUACAUAGAAUAUUCUAAAGCCAUUAAGUAUAAAAUUAUAUUCCUUUGUACUUUAGGAUCCUUGUGUGUGUGUGAUUGUAAAAGUCAUUAAUAUGAACUUGUACUAUUAUAAGCAUGUAUGUAAUGAUAGAGGUGAACAAACGUUCACAUUUGCGUGUGUGAGCAUAGACAUGUCUGUAUGAACAUGUGCACAUAAAAUGUGUUUGUCAGUUUGUACUCGAGUAUGUUUGUAUGUUCGCCCGAAGGUUCCUGUGUGAGCCUGAGCAUCUAUGACAGCUAUUGUGUGCGAGGUCUGGCCCUCAGCUGACCGGCUCACCUGUCGGCCAGGGGCGUCGUCUCUGCUGUGCCAGAUGCCGAAAAGACAAUAAAAAUGUGCCCCACUGA